AUGCUGAAAGUCGUAAGACAAAUAGGAAAUGGCGACAAAGCACGCUCGAGAAGCAUACAUGAGCCGAAACGUAUUUGGACAGUCAAUCCACCACCCCCUGGUGCUGAACGGAUGCACAACUUCACUCGUUUGGCUAUCGAGUUGAAUGAACCAGAGCCGGGUGUUGCGCCCACGGAUAGCCGGUUGCGACCAGAUCAACGGCUUAUGGAAGAGCCGGCAAGUAAGCUGCAAUCUCUAUGGGACGAAGCCAACGCCAAGAAACUCGAGCUCGAAGAAAAACAACGAGCUGUACGAAGAAAACGUGAGGCAGAAAUGGAAAAAGCCAUGCAACAAGGCCGUUCGUACGAGGAGUAUCAGCCGAAAUGGUUCCAGAAAACUCAAGAUGAAAUCACAGGCACACUUAUUCAUAAGUAUCUCGGGGAGUAUUGGGAAAAGAAAGAACGAGGCGAUUGGUCGGGUUGUCCAACUAUAUUCUGA